AUGCUUCAUUCUACAUGUAAACAUGAUGAAGCUAUGCAACCAAUUAAUCAAACAUUUCUUUAUAUUUUAAUGAUUAUUGCACCUGGUUCAGCAGCAAUAGCUUCUUUAUUAGCUGCACCAAUAAGCGAUCAUUUUGGUCGCAAAAAGGCUAUCAUAAGCGCAAUUGUAUGUGAUACAAUUGGCGCAUUAUUAUGUUCAUUGUCGCUAAAUAAACAAAUGCUUAUUGUUGGCGAAUUAUAA